GCAGCAGCGUCACAUGUUGUUUUUCUCCAGGAUCAGAUCAGUACCUCGGUCUGGUCCAACUGCACAGUUGCUUCUGCAGUGGCGGACACCGGACACAGCUAUCGGUGUCUGAGAAAAAAGAGAGAAAAAAACGGAUAUCCUCAAAGUUAUUUAGGCGCGAGUUGAAAAAGAAGAGGAAAAGGAGUUUGCUUAUCUAUAACUCAGAAGUAGUGAGAAAUGGCAAGUCCUCCGGCGACGGGUGGACACCUGUUAUCUAAUGGGACGAACGGGGUGAAGAAGUACGGAUACCUGAGGAAGCAGAAACACGGACACAGGCGCUUUUUUGUGCUCCGGGAGCCGACCGAUCGCUGCCCUGCCCGGCUGGAGUAUUAUGAAAGCGAGAAGAAAUGGAGAAACAAGUCCGCCGCGAAACGGGUCAUAACUUUGGACUCAUGUCUGUGCGUAAACAAACGGGCCGACGCCAAACACAAGCACCUCAUCGCCCUCUACACCAAGGACGAGUACUUCGCCGUGGCUGCAGACAGCGAGCAGGAGCAGGAGAGCUGGUACAUGGUGUUGACAGAUCUAAUAGCCGAGGGGAAAAUGUACGACAGCCCCGCUUCCACAUCCUCUUUAGUGGGCUUUGAGGAAGCCAGCUACGGACUCAUGACUCCUGCAACAGCUGCCUACAAAGAGAUAUGGCAGGUCAACUUGAAAUCCAAAGGCUUGGGUCAGAUCAAGAACCUCACUGGAGUGUACAGGCUGUGUUUGUCCAGUCGGACCAUCAGCUUUGUCAAACUGAACUCCGAAACAGCUGCUGUCAGUUUACAGCUCAUGAACAUCAGGAGAUGUGGCCACUCAGACAGCUUCUUCUUCAUAGAGGUGGGUCGCUCAGCGGUCACUGGGCCUGGGGAGUUCUGGAUGCAGGCGGAGGACUCUGUGGUGGCGCAGAACAUCCAUGAGACCAUUCUUGAGGCCAUGAAGGCCAUGAAGGAGCUGUCUGAGUUCAGGCCACGGAGCAAAAGCCAGUCUGCCAGCACUAACCCCAUCUCUGUGCCCACACGACGCAACCUCAACAACCUCCCCCCCAGUCAGACGGGCCUGGUGAGGAGAUCCAGAACAGAUAGCAUGGCAGCCACGUCCCCAGGGAGAAAGUUCACAUCCUGUCGGGUAAGAACGGCCAGCGAGGGGGACGGAAGCGUGAUCCGGCCUGUGUCCAUGUCCAUAUCUGUGAACGGGAGUCCCACCAGUCCAAAUUCUGGGAAUCACCUCAUCAGGUGUCAUACGCUCAGCAGUGGGCGCACCUGCAGGAUGCUAGAGUCCUCCUCCAACCUGCAUCAUAGCCGGUCCAUGCCGGUGCCCAACUCCCCAUCAGGCACCUCCAGCCCCAUCAAUAUGUCUCCCAGAAUUGGGGCUAGUAUCCCCACUCCUGACAAAGCUAGGCGUCCUUUUAGCUGCAGCGCCUCCAUCUCUGGCUCCCUCAGCGACACAGGCUUCAUGUUGUGCGACGAUUACAGCUCCAGCCCAGGGGAACUUAGAUUCCUCCCCUUGACACGCAGUGACACCCCUGACUCUCUGUCCAGCACGCCUCCAUCCCGUGACAUCAGUGACUCUUGUGGCUACAUGUCAAUGGAGGGGGGGAAUGCAAGUGGCUCUGGGGCUGGCGGUGAUGCUCUGGCAUAUGACAAGGCUUACAGGAAGCGGACACACUCCCUCACUACACCACGUCAACAGAAGGUGGUGACCCCGCUGUCCUCGGCCUCCCUGGAUGACUACACACUCAUGAGGAUGGCCUACGGACAGAACUCUCACUCUGCCUCUCCCAAAGUGUGUUACCCUGAGGAUUAUGGAGACAUUGAAAUCGGAUCAUCCAGGAGCUCCAGUAGUAACCUUGCUGAUGAUGGCUACAUGCCAAUGACGCCAGGUGUAGCAGCCCAGUCUGGCAAGGUAGACAACUACAUGCCCAUGAGCCCCAUGUGUGUCUCAGCACCAAAGCAAAUUGUGAACCCUAGGGUGCACCCUCAAGCGCCUGCCAACGGCGGCUACAAGACCAACUCCCCCUGCAGCAGCUCUCUGGAGGACAACGGCUACAUGAGAAUGUGGUGUAGCUCCAAAUCCUCAAUGGAGAGCCCAGACAGGAAUGGUGAAUACAUGAACAUGUCACCUGGAAACCCACCUCCACUCCAGACUUCCCCUGAGUACUACCUGGGCCUGUUGGCUGGUGAACCUGCAUCAGUGAGGUCAGCUUACCAGGCUGGCUCUCUCACGCUCCCUGCUAAACCUCAGCCCUCCAAGAAUGAGGAAAACAGCCAGUAUGUGCUGAUGAGCCCACAGAGUUUGAGGCAGAGGGCAGGGGAGUCAGACUAUUAUUCAGUGAUGCAGCCCAGUGCAGCUCAGACUUCCCCACUGAGCCCUUCUGUACCCUCCCCAGUCAGACACGGGCGGGCAGAGAGCCUGCCAUACAGAGGAAGACUUGGUAGGCCUAACAGGCUAGCCCUGGACACCCUGAGGACCCUGCCCAGCAUGAACGAACACCCCCUGCCCGGAGAACCCCGGAGCCCUGGGGAAUACAUUAAAAUUGACUUCAGCUGCGCCAGGUUUUCCCCACCCUCCAUUGUAUCCACAGAGAGUCAGUCUUCACUGGGCUCCAGGGGUGGGGGCCCGGGGAGGUCCUCGCUGACAGACUACACGAACCUGGAGCUGGGCUCCCACUCACCCAAAGAGGCUGACACUCCCGCUGAGCCCUUGGACACACUCCCAGAGUUAUCCUUGUGCUUAGUCGAAAAUGGAGUGUACCAUCUGGAUAGCGAGAAAGGGUCUCGGGGCGAUGAGGUGAAAAACGACUACACUGAGAUGACAUUUGGCAUGACCAGCUCGCCUCCACAGCUUGUUCCUCAAAACACUACAAGCGGCCAGAGCAUCCUGGAGAGGAGGCUCUCUCUGGAGGUCCAGGGAGUCCCAGAAGGCAUGGGGGUCUUCCUGCUCGGGGCCACCUCUUCCUCCGCAGUGGACCCCAAUUGCUCCGCAAAGGUGAUCCGGGCCAAUCCGCAGGGACGUCGGCGCCACAGCUCCGAGACCUUCUCUUCUACUGCAACUGUGACACCGGUCUUCCCUUCCUUUGCCCGCGGUGACAUGGUGAAGAGACACAGCUCGGUGGAGAACAUCUCGUCCCGGAGCAGCGAGGGCUCCGACGAGGAGUACGGCAGCCCUGUGAACAGGCAGAGCUCCUCCGUUUAUCCAAACGGGCUGAACUACAUUGCCUUGAAUCUGCUGGGCAGCAGGGACGUGAAGAAAUGCGAGGACCUGGCUGGCUUCAAAUCCACCAGCAGCUGCAAAGGGGGUAUCAAUGGAUUACACAGCUCACCAUAUGUCUGUUUGGGAUUCAAGGAGGCUGCAACCACUGCCAAAGACUGAGGGACUCUUCAAUCCUCUGAUUUGGCGUCUUCACUGACCCCGAAAACCAAUCUACUUUGCCCUUUCACUGGGAUCUGUGGCCCUAAAAGACUGUCUGGACACUUAGCAACCCUCACACACACUUUAGAAACAAGCAGGCCACCAUCUAUGCAUGUCAUGAAUUCACUGAAG